AUGCCGGCGGCCAAGAAUGACACGGCGGUCGUCCCACCUUCGGUGGUAAACGGACCAGUGAGAGGGCAACAUGAAGAGACCCACAGGCCGAAGCAUAAAGCCACACCACUGCCCAUGAAUCAACUCUUCCCCAUGGCGUUUGUUCUCCUCAACGAGAGUAUCUGCAGCACGAUGCUUCUGCCGUUUGUGGGGCUACUCGUUGCGCACCUGAAAGGCGUUUCCGUCAAUGAAGCGGGCUACUUCUCGGGCAUUCUAAUCGGAGUCUUUAUGCUCGGCCAGGUUGUGAGCUCGCGAAUGUGGGGCUGGGUGAGCGACAAGUACGGGCGCCGGUUUCCCCUCAUCAGUGGCCUGUUCACAAGCGGCUUCAUGAUGCUGGGCUUUGGUCUCAGCACGAGUGUGUGGAUGUGCGGCAUUUUCCGAUUCAUGCACGGCCUUUUCAACGGCAAUGUGUUGGUUGCCAAGACGAUGAUGGCGGACAUUACCGACAAAACAAACGCGGCCAAGGGUUUUGCCUUCGUCAGCCUGUGCUAUGGAAUCGGCGUCUUGAUCGGCCCCACGCUGGGUGGUACGCUGUACAACCCAGGUAACUCGUCCGCACUGCGAUGGGCACACAUUGACAAGGAUAGCGUCUUAAACCGCAAGCCAGCGCUUCUGCCCAGUCUCGUCAUUUUUAUCUACACAAAUAUUGGUAUGAUGGUGUGCACGUUCUUUGUGAUGGAAUCUAAUCCCAAGGCGCAGCGGCUGCCCCUGGUUCUGCGAUUUCUCUACCCGUGUUUCUUGCGCGAACCACGAAUGUUUGCUAAUGCAAACUCGCUUUCCAAGGAGCAGCCAGAGACAAACAUCACAGCCACCAAGAGCGAGAGUAACAAUGACUCCCGCAUCGACGACGAGAAUGACGACCGCAUCUCGAUCCACUCCGCCGAGCUAUUCGUCAGAAACGUUGUGAUGACACGGGCAGUGGCCUCUCUAACAGUUCCCUCAGCGGUGCUGUGCGAGGAUCCUCGGUAUGAUCGGCUUGUCAUCUCCGAAACACUGGCAAACGCGAUAGAGCAAGCAUCGUUUGUGGAACCGCAGUACAGCCAAAGCCACAUGACUGUCAACCGCGGUGAUACUGUAAAUGAGAGCGCCUGUGACAUGCCUGAUCGCGCACUGUCGUCAUCGUCAGUGCCACCCGACAGAGUUGCCCCUGGUGACAAAGUGAAAUGUCAGCAGUGCCCCUUGGGCGAAUCGCGGGCUAACAAUGGUAGGUCGGACAGAGAUGGGAGCAUCAUUGUUGUGGAGGCGGAUCAAGAAGGUACAGCCGCCAGAGCAAUUAGCAACGGCGCCGCCCCCGUUGACGACAAAGUGGGGCAACUGCGGCAGCACGAGGAUUACGUGGAGCUCAAAAGCUUUGGCUACAAGCAAGCAUUUGAACGUCCUGUCACUCGUACCAUGCUGCUGCUUUACAUGUUCCUGAGCGCGGCCGAUAUGGCUGUGCAGGAGAUUGUACCGCUGUGGGCCAUUGCCCAAGUAGAGAAGGGCGGCCUUGGCUUCGGCGCGGACAAGGUUGGUUACGUCGUCUUCACCAACAGUGUGCCAUGCGUCGCAUCAAAUUUGCUCUUCUACAAAGCGUGUAGGCGGUAUGUCAACAAGCUGGGACUAUUUCGAAUGGCUGUCAUGUGGUGCAGUAUCUCCGUCACUCUAUUGCCGCUCACCUCUUGCGUCAACCUCGGUGGCUUACUUUUUCCAGCGGUCGUGUUGUGCACAAGCGUACGCCAGUUCUUCGCCUCGUGGUGCUACGGACUUGUGACCAUGUUGACCGCCCAUUCGGCACCGCCAACGCACGUCGGGUCCAUCAUGGGCAUCAACCAGGCCUGUGGUGCCUCUGUACGGGCACUCAUUCCAUUCGUCGUCACCCCGCUCUUUGCUUGGUCCAUCACGAGUGGUAAUUCUUUUCCACUGAACCACGUGUUCAUCUUCUUCCUUUCGGCCUUGACGUUUGCGUCAGCGUAUGUCUGCUCCAUGUGGUUGCGCACCAAUAGAGAGUCCGUAGUAGAGAUCGUGGUGCACAACUUUAAAUGGAUAUUAGCCGUUAAAGACAGCCUGCGGAGGUGGAACCGACGUCUGUGCGGGGCGUCUGAAAGCAACAGCUGA